AUGCCAGCGUUAUCAGCUGGAUCUGGAAGUGACACAGGUCUGUACGAGCUGCUGGCUGCAUUGCCAGCCCAGCUGCAGCCACAUGUGGACAGCCAGGAAGACCUGACCUUCCUCUGGGAUAUGUUUGGUGAAAAAAGCCUUCAUUCACUUGUGAAGAUCCAUGAAAAACUGCAUUAUUAUGAAAAGCAGAACCCAGUGCCCAUACUCCAUGGUGCAGCAGCCCUGGCAGAUGAUCUGGCUGAGGAGCUGCAGAGCAAACCACUGAGCAGUGAGAUGAGAGAACUGUUGAAACUCCUCACAAAACCCAAUCUCAAGGCUUUGCUCUCUGUACAUGAUACUGUUGCUCAGAAGAACUAUGAUCCUGUCUUGCCCCCCAUGCCUGAUGAUAUUGAUGAGGAAGAAGAUUCUGUGAAAAUCAUUAGGCUCGUUAAAAACCGGGAGCCAUUGGGAGCUACUAUUAAAAGGGAUGAACAUACUGGUGCAAUCGUGGUGGCCAGGAUAAUGCGUGGAGGAGCUGCAGAUAGAAGUG